AUGGAGGAGAACAACGAAGGUUUCCCGAGAGUGUGUGAUGCUUCCUUGCCCAGUCCCCAAGAAGGAUCAUCAAGAAAAACCUCAGACACGAUAUACCUGAAGGUUCUGGUCCCUUCUGUCGCCGCUGGUGCAAUCAUUGGGAAAAAUGGGGAAGCGAUCGGACAAAUGCAGAAGGAAACCGGGGCAAAGAUCAAGUUAUCCAAGCUGAAUGAUUUUUAUCCAGGCACGACAGAGCGAGUGUGUCUAAUCCAGGGUCCAUUAGCAGGUGUAAGGGCGAUGCACAGCUACAUAAUGGAGCGAAUUCUCGAAAAACCGGAGGUUUCGUCUCAAGCUAUGACGCCAACUGGGACUGUGGGAUCUGAACAAGCCGCUGAGCCUGCAUACAUCAGUCCCCCCGCGUACGUUCUAUCAAGGCCGAGUGGUGCAGUGUGGCCGGUGGUUUACGGCAGUGGGGCUCCCACGGCCGCUGUAGGUGGACAGCAGCCUCCUCCUCCUCCUCCAGCACCACCGAUUUCUGGCAAUCGAUUGCUUUGGGAGCGACACAAACAGGCACUGCAGGGUUUUAACGGCUACACUGGCGGAGGUGCGGGUUGCCCGUACACCGUGGUGAGACUCUGGUCCCCCGUGGGGCUCAGUUUGGUGAUCUCUAAGACCCGUUCGCUGCGUGAUUUGUUCGGCUGCCUCGCGAACGUCAGGCGCAGCGGAUCCCAAGGCCUUUCAGCGCCCUUAGUCGAUAUCCAGGGUUGCAAUUCACUCGACAUCUUAACAGUCUCUUGCUCUCUUUCGUUGCAGGUCAAAAUACUCGUUCCAAACUGUACAGCAGGUCUGGUGAUCGGAAAACAGGGCAGUUAUGUUUCGGAAAUCAAGGAAGCCACUGGCGCAUUCAUUCAAAUUUCACAGAAGUCGAAGGAAAUCAACUUGCCAGAACGGUGCAUCACAAUUGCUGGUGAGCUGGAUCAAUUGCGUGCUGCCGUUGACAUGGUCUUAACCAAAAUUGCCGAGGACCCACAAUCGGGCACGUGUCCGAACAUCUCGUACUCCCACACCCAGGGCCCUGUUGCCAGCGCCUAUCCCACUGGUUCUCCGUUUGCUUACAAUCCAACUCUGCAAGCACAGCCGAUUGUCUCCUCGCGGCACUCCACCCCAAUUGUCCGGCAAAAAAGCGAUGGGAGUGGCGCUGUCUCAAUGGGCGGAGCGUACUACCACGCUGCCCUGCAGGCCACGUACCUCGCCGCGGCCGCCGCCGACUACCAGCAGCGCCUUCUCGCAGCCGGAUAUCAUCAUCGCCCGCACCGAGGUGAUGGACAAAGCGGCGAUGCUUCUGGCGGGAGUAGUAGCCUUGAGAGCGGUGGUGGUGGCGGUGCUAACUAUGGCGCUCCUAUCACUCCUCCUUCGGAGCAAGAAACCCCACCGUUUUUCACCGCCCCUCUGCUUCCCGCAGCUGCUGCGGGCCAGAUGAUCCUUCAUCCCUCACCGAGUUCGCCUUACGAACUCACACCGCGUUUUGGUAAGACUCUUUUUCUGUUCGGUAAUUCGAAAAACUUGCGUGGUAAUAACUUCCCCCUUUUAGCUUUUUUUCAGCCUAAUUCUAGCGCUGGAACGACAGCAACGGGAGGUGUGUAUGCAUCAGCCGGGCUUGAGAGUCCUCCAGCUCCCAUUGUGGAAUCCGCUGCAUUCCCAUUGGUCGCGUCGCCUCCGCCACAGUCGUCCGGACCACACCACGCAUUCGGUGGGGGAGGAGGCGUCGGCGGGGCGUCAGCUGCUUUCUUCCCCUCGACUUCUGCCUACGCUGUUCGUGCGUCGCCACCACUCUCCUACGCUGGCACAACAGCGGCGACCACAACAACAGCUGCCUGGCUGCGCACACGCGGUUUCUCGGAGGACGCCGUGGCGGAGAUCACACACGCCAUUUCAACUCUGUCAGCUCAUGGGGUUUUGAAUUUCCGAACAGUCACGUCGACCGACCCGAUGCUCAUUACCACUGCUCCCGUUGCUUCGAUGUCGCAGCCUCCGCCGAUCGGUCCUGCCAGUCAGCAACAGCAGCAGCAACAACAACAGCAGCAGGCUCCUGGAGUUGAUGUGGAAGGAAUGGAGGGAGAAGCGGAUUUUCCUGGGAACAAUUCCACUGCCAUCAAUUGUCUAUACUUUCUUCUUCCCCUCCUCCUCCUCCCGCUCCUGCUGGUGAUUGAGAGCAUCCACACACGGCCCCCGGGCAACGCACCAAAGUCGGCCAGACCCCGUGCGCCUUCUAUGAUUUCAGUCCCCACCACCACCACCUCCUCCUCCUCCUUCUGA